AUGCUGGAGGAUGAGGAUGGGAUGAGCGAGAGGGGGCUCAGCAGCUCGAGGAGGAGAUACGACGAUGAGGAAGAUUACCACUCCAUCUACAUCGGGGUGCCGGUGCCCCGGGGCUACCGAAGGAAACGGCGUCGGCGAAGAUCUGUCUCCAGCCGGGACAGGACGAGCGAGAGCGAGCGGCACUACGAGCGCCAGGAUCGCUCCGACACCGACGACGGCGGCCACGGCUGCUACGAGAGCGGCAACGACAAUGCCAGCAGGACCAUGUCACCGGCUGCCGAACGCCUCCGCUACAUCCUGGGGGAAGACGAUGAGCCUCCCAACCCCACGCUCUUCACGGAGAUGGACACGCUGCAGCACGACGGCGAGGAGAUGGAGUGGAAAGAGUCGGCCAGGUGGAUAAAGUUUGAAGAAAAGGUGGAGGAAGGCGGGGAGAGGUGGAGCAAGCCCCACGUGUCCACGUUGUCUUUGCACAGCCUGUUUGAGCUGCGGACAUGUCUACAGACGGGAACGGUGCUCCUGGACUUAGAUGGCUACUCUUUGCCCCAAAUUAUAGACGAUGUCAUUGAGAAGCAGAUCGAAGACGGUCUGCUCAAGCCGGAGCUGCGGGAGAAGAUAAGCUACGUGCUCCUCAGGAAGCACCGUCACCAAACCAAGAAGCCAAUCCACCGGUCCUUGGCCGACAUCGGAAAGUCCGUCUCCUCCAACACAACCCGCAGCCCCGUUCGGAGCCCGGCCGCCGGCGCCGCCUUCCACCGCUCCACCGAGGACCUGCGGAUGCGGCAGAGCGCGAGCUACGGCCGCCUGCGUCACGCACAGAGUCGAAGCAUGAACGACAUCUCGGACACGCCGAGCACCGACCAGCUGAAGAACAAGUUCAUCAAGAAGAUCCCCAAGGAUGCGGAGGCCUCCAACGUGCUGGUGGGAGAAGUGGAGUUCCUGGAGAAGCCCUUUGUGGCUUUUGUGCGGCUCCUUCAGGCGACGAUGCUGGGAGGGGUGACGGAGGUGCCCGUCCCUACCAGGUUCCUCUUUAUUCUCCUUGGUCCCGCGGGAAAAGCCAAAUCCUACAACGAGAUAGGCAGAGCCAUCGCGACCCUCAUGGUGGAUGAUCUCUUCAGCGACGUUGCCUACAGAGCCCGCGAUAGAGAAGACCUGAUUGCCGGCAUAGAUGAGUUUCUGGAUGAAGUCAUUGUCCUGCCGCCCGGCGAGUGGGACCCCAACAUUAGGAUUGAGCCACCCAAAAAAGUGCCCUCGGCUGAGAAGAGGAAAUCGGUUUUCUCACUGAACGAAGUGGGGCAGAUGAACGGCACGGCCGGUGGGGCGAGCGCCGGGGGCGGUGGAGGAGGCAGCGACGAUGGGGAGAUGCCCGAAGUUCACGAAAUCGGGGAAGAGCUCGCGUGGACCGGCAGGUUUUGUGGUGGCCUCUAUUUGGAUAUCAAGAGGAAGCUGCCCUGGUUCCCGAGCGACUUCUAUGAAGGCUUUCAUAUCCAGUCCAUCUCUGCCAUCUUGUUCAUCUACCUGGGCUGCAUCACCAACGCCAUCACGUUCGGGGGCUUGCUUGGGGACGCUACGGACAACUACCAGGGCGUCAUGGAGAGCUUCCUCGGCACGGCAAUGGCAGGCUCCAUGUUUUGCCUCUUCGCCGGGCAGCCUCUCAUCAUCCUCAGCAGCACCGGCCCCAUCCUCAUCUUCGAGAAGCUGCUCUUCGACUUUAGCAAAGGCAAUGGCAUCGACUACAUGGAGUUUCGCCUCUGGAUCGGCUUGCACUCUGCCCUACAGUGCCUUAUCCUGGUGGCCACCGACGCCAGCUUCAUUAUAAAGUACAUCACCCGCUUCACAGAGGAAGGCUUCUCCACCCUCAUCAGCUUCAUCUUCAUCUACGACGCCAUCAAGAAGAUGAUCGGAGCUUUUAAGUACUACCCCAUCAAUUCGGACUUCAAGCCGGACUACGUGACCAUGUACAAGUGCGAGUGCAUCGCUCCCGACCCAGCCAACGCGACCUUGUUCGAUGCUUCAGCUCCAGUGGCACCAAACACCACUAACAUGUCUCUGUACAAUGCUAUUAACCUAACAGCUCUGGACUGGACUCAGCUGAGUAAGAAGGAGUGUCUCAAAUACGGCGGCAGCUUAGUGGGGAAAUCCUGUAAAUUCGUGCCCGACCUGGCCCUUAUGUCCUUCAUCCUCUUCUUCGGGACCUACUCCAUGACCUUGACCCUGAAAAAAUUCAAAUUCAGCCGCUAUUUCCCCACCAAGGUCAGGGCUUUCAUUGCUGAUUUUUCCAAUGUCUUCUCCAUCCUGCUCUUCUGCGGAGUGGAUGCCUGUUUCGGACUGGACACCCCUAAGCUCCAUAUCCCCAGUAUCAUCAAGCCCACCCGUGUGGACCGAGGGUGGUUCGUGUUUCCCUUCGGGAAGAACCCGUGGUGGGUUUACCUGGCGAGCGCCCUGCCCGCCCUCCUCGUCACCAUCCUCAUCUUCAUGGACCAGCAGAUCACAGCCGUCAUCGUCAACAGGAAGGAGCACAAGCUGCGGAAAGCAGCGGGCUACCACCUGGACCUGUUCUGGGUGGGCAUCCUCAUGGCCAUCUGCUCCUUCAUGGGCCUGCCCUGGUAUGUGGCGGCCACCGUCAUCUCCAUCGCCCACAUCGACAGCUUGAAGAUGGAGACGGAGACCAGCGCCCCGGGGGAGCAGCCCCAAUUCCUGGGCGUCAGGGAGCAGAGAGUGACGGGCAUCAUCGUCUUUGUGCUGACGGGGAUUUCCGUCUUCCUGGCCCCUAUCCUGAAGUACAUCCCCAUGCCGGUGCUGUACGGCGUCUUUCUGUACAUGGGCGUUGCAUCGCUGAACGGCAUCCAGUUUUGGGACCGCUGCAAGCUCUUCCUCAUGCCGGCCAAGCACCAACCCGACUACGUCUUCCUCCGGCACGUGCCGCUGCGCCGCAUCCACCUCUUCACGCUGGUGCAGAUCGUCUGCCUGGCCGUCCUCUGGAUCCUCAAAUCCACCGUGGCCGCUAUCAUCUUCCCCGUCAUGAUUUUAGCCCUGAUCCUGGUGAGGCGGCUGCUGGAUUUUGUCUUCUCCCAACAUGACCUGGCCUGGAUUGACAACAUCAUCCCCGAGAAGGAAAAGAAGAAGGAGGAUGACAAGAAGAAGAAGAAAAAAGGCAACAAAGGAGAGAGCAUUCCGGGUGUUUCACCUCCGUGUCCCCCCCAGGAAAGAGGUCCUCCACCUGGAGCUUUGCGUUCUGAUUCCUCCCCGAACGGUUCAGACCUGGAUCGCAGUAUUACGCUUCACCUGAAGAUUUCGUGCCCGUCGUCUCCCGCAUUUAACUACUCCCGAAACCCCAUCUGCGCCGUGCCCCAGGUGAAGAUAGAGAUGGAGUCGGACUAUGAGGACACUGACACCGAAAAACCACCUCGGGACAUGGGCAGUGAGACCACGCUAUAG